ACCGCCAAUGGUGAAGAAAUGGGCGUGGCAAAUAUACCUUAGCAACUUCCUGGCAAACAACGUGUUCGCAAUGGGACACACCAGCGUGGAAAAGAUCAUUGCGUUACAGAGAAAUGCUGCUAACAUCAGAAAUCUGUGCAUCCUGGCACACGUUGACCAUGGUAAAACUACUCUGGCUGACUGCUUAGUGGCAAGUAAUGGAAUUAUAUCAAGUCGACUGGCUGGGAAGCUGAGGUAUCUGGACAGCAGACAGGAUGAGCAGAUCAGGGGAAUCACCAUGAAAUCCAGUGCCAUCUCUCUGCACCACAGAAAUGGAGAUCAGGAGUAUUUACUGAACCUGAUAGACUCUCCUGGUCAUGUCGACUUCUCCUCAGAGGUUUCCACUGCUGUCAGGCUAUGUGACGGGGCCAUUAUAGUUGUUGAUGCUGUGGAGGGAGUGUGUCCACAAACUCAGGUUGUCCUGCGUCAGGCUUGGCUGGAGAACAUCAGGCCUGUCCUUGUCAUCAAUAAAAUUGACAGACUCAUUAUAGAGCUGAAACUCACCUCUCAGGAAGCAUAUGUUCACCUGCAGAGGAUUCUGGAACAGGUGAAUGCAGUUACAGGGACUUUGUUUACAUCCAAAGUCCUGGAAGAGCAGGCAGAGAAGCAGAGGGAGGAGGAGCCAGAGACCAAGAUGUGCAGUGGAGAUCAGGUGUACGACUGGAGCGCUGGCCUGGAGGACGCGGAUGACUCUAACCUCUACUUCUCCCCCGACCAAGGGAAUGUGGUAUUUGCUAGUGCCAUAGACGGUUGGGGCUUCAGCAUCCAGCAGUUUGCUCACAUCUACAGCCAGAGGAUGGGCAUCAACCAACAGGUGCUGCUUAAAACCCUGUGGGGAGAUUUCUACCUCAAUGCCAAAGCAAAGAAGAUCAUGAAAGGAGCUCAGGCUAAAGGAAAGAAGCCACUAUUUGUGCACUUUGUGUUGGAUAAUAUUUGGAGUUUGUAUGAUGCAGUCGUGGUUAAAAGAGACAAGGAGAAGGUGGAGAAGGUGGUGACGUCGCUUGGGGUAAAAGUGAUGGCCAGGGACUUGCGUCACUCGGAUCCUAAAGUCCUCCUUUCUGCCAUCUUCAGCCAGUGGCUUCCGAUGUCCCAGGCCGUCCUCACGAUGGUGUGUGAGAAGCUGCCCAGUCCCUUAGAUAUUACUGCAGAGCGGGUGGAGAAACUCAUGAGUGUCGGAACACGGCGCUUUGACACAUUACCCAAACAGACGCAGGAGCUGAAAACUGCGUUCCUCCAUUGUUCGAGUGGGGAAAACGUGCCUGUCAUCGUCUUUGUUUCCAAAAUGUUUGCUGUGGACACCAAGGCCUUGCCUCAGCACCGACAGAGGCCGUUGACCCAGGAGGAGAUCGCCCAGCGCAGGGAAGUGGCUAGAAGGAGGCAUGCUGACAGGUUAGCCACGGAGCAGGUAGUGGAGCACCUCCAAGGGCGUGUGCCACAGGAAGACCUGUCUGCAGGCCUCGGCACCGCUAAAAUGGAGAAGCUGGUGUUGAAAGACUCGCAGGCCGAAGCGGAGGAGGACCAGGGAGAGACGUUCGUAGCAUUUGCCCGAAUCUACAGUGGAGUGCUAAGAAAGGGACAGAAAGUGUUUGUCCUGGGUCCAAAGUAUGAUCCUGCCCAAAGCCUAAGCACGCUCCCAGAUGGUUGCAGUGCCUCAGACUCUGUGCCUGAUGUGCCUCAUCUGUCCUGCUGUUCAGUGGAAAGUCUUUACCUGCUCAUGGGCAGAGAGCUCGAAGAGCUGGAGGAGGUGCCAGCAGGAAACGUCCUGGGAGUUGGAGGCUUUGAGGAUUACAUAUUGAAGUCAGCUACCCUGUCAUCCUCCGCCAUCUGCCCGCCCUUCACGCCACUCAACUUUGAGGCCACGCCCAUCGUACGGGUUGCCAUAGAACCCAAACAUCCAAGUGAGAUGCCGAAGCUAGUGCGAGGCAUGCGCUUGUUGAACCAGGCAGAUCCAUGCGCUGAGGUUCUGAUCCAGGAAACAGGGGAACACGUUCUGGUUACAGCUGGUGAGGUCCAUCUCCAGCGUUGCCUGGAUGAUCUUCGUGACCGAUUUGCAAAAAUUGAGAUCAGUGUGUCCAAGCCCAUCAUUCCAUUCAGAGAAACAGUGGUGCGUCCUCCCAAAGUGGAUAUGGUCAACGAAGAGCUGGGCAGGCAGCAGAAAGUCGCCAUCAUUCACCAGGCGAAAGACGAGGUUCCUCGUUCCUCUGACACCGUCCCUGUGGAGACCAGGGGCCUAGUUACGCUCACCACACCCAACAGACUGGCCACGGUCGGUGUCCGUGCCAUCCCUCUCCCACAGGAGGUGACCCACCUGUUGGAGAGUAGUUCAGAGCUGAUUCGGACUCUGGAGCAGGUUAACCUGUCUCUGAAGGAAGGAAGGACUCUGGACAUCAGCAUCAAGACCCUGGAAGCCAUUGCUGAACUCAAAGUCCAGUUGGAAAGUCUUCUGCAAGGGAGGAAGUGGAGGAAUGCUGUGGAGCGGAUCUGGGCCUUCGGCCCUCGCAGGUACGGGCCCAACAUCCUGCUGAACGCCGUGGAGGGCUACCAGCGGCCCUCAGUGUGGCAGUGUCUGGGCCGGGGACAGCAGCUGGGAGCCCACUCUGCAACCGUGAGAGAUCUUGACAACAGCAUUGUCAGUGGCUUCCAGCUGGCCGCUCUGGCAGGGCCCAUGUGCGAGGAGCCACUGAUGGGCGUUUGCUUCUCUGUGGAGAGGUGGGACACCUUGUCCUCUGCCUUGGUGGAGCAAGACCCCGUAUCCAUUCGCAUGCUGUCAGAAAGCAGAGAGGCGUGUGAGGCCCAAUCCAGGCAAGAGGCGGCGCCGGGCUGCUACGGGCCCGUUUCUGGGCAGCUAAUCGCUGCCAUGAAAGAGGCCUGUCGUCAGGCCUUUCAGGCUCAGCCCCAGAGGCUGAUGGCUGCCAUGUACACGUGUGAGAUCAUGGCCACUGCAGAGGUGCUGGGCCGAGUGUACGGAGUCCUGGGAAAGCGAGAAGGCCGCGUUCUCCUCGAAGAGAUGAAGGAAGGAACAGAUAUAUUCAUCAUCACAGCCAUUCUGCCAGUGGCCGAAAGCUUCGGGUUUGCAGACGAGAUUCGUAAAAGAACGAGCGGAUUAGCGAGUCCACAGCUGGUGUUCAGCCACUGGGAGGUAAUCAGCAGUGAUCCCUACUGGGUUCCCACCACCGAGGAAGAAUACCUGCACUUCGGUGAGAAAGCCGACAGUGCCAACCAGGCGCUCAAGUAUAUGAAUGCUGUCCGUCGCCGCAAGGGCCUGUACGUGGAGGAGAAGCUGGUAGAGCACGCGGAGAAGCAAAGGACCCUGGGAAAGAACAAAUAGGCGCCUGCAUCCAUCCAGGUUUACAUUGGUGGACACACCAUCUCAGGCUUCUGUCAGACCAAGCCCAAAUAAAGUGAUUUUACCAGAAA